AUGGUACUAAGGGCAAUCAAAAGAUAUUUGAUGGACUUGUUGAUCCUCAUAUCCUAGUGCCUUUUCCUAAGGCUUUACAACCAAAACUAAAAAAAAAGGGCAACUAAAAUGAGGAACUAAUAAAAAACUUUGGGAAUGUUCAAGUGAGCAUUCCCCUUACUAAUGCCAUUAGGCAUGUCCCAACCUAUGCUAAGUUCCUUGAUGAACUUUGCACACCACAUAGAAAAACUAGAAAGAUCCAAUUAUUUGAAAAUACAAGUGACAUAAUUCAAAUGGAUCUUACGAAAAUGAAAGAUCCUAGCAUACCACUUAUUACUUGUGAAAUGGGAGGUAUGUAAUUUCAAAAUACAUUACUAGAUUUAGAAGCAAGUGUGAAUCUUUUAUCAACUGCCCUGUAUGAGCAGUUUCAAUUAGGGAAAUUAAAACCCACAGUAGUGAUCUUACAAUUAGUAGACAAAUCAGCCAAAACACCUAGAGGAUUAAUAGAAGAUGUGAUUGUGAAAAUUAAAAGAUGUAGUUUUCCUAUAGAUUUUCUAAUUUCAGAUAUCCCAUCAUCAAGUAAAAUUUGUCAUAUGCCAAUUAUUUUAG